ACUUAUAGGAGAGGGGAGGGAGAGGGAGUGGACGUGUUUUCAUGAUUCUGCUCCAAUGGCUACUUCGCCUUCUCAACUUCCACGCUCCGUGUCUCCAAAUUCUGACGAAGAAGAGGUGAAUCUGUACUUGAAGAUCAUCGAGACAGUGGCCAUAAAAGCUAGGAGAGAUUCGACCAUGAAGCAUAUCAAAGCAUUGAUUCAGGACAAGGAACAAAUCGACAAAAAUAGGCAGCUGCUAUUUUUUAGAGGCGAUCAUCUUGAAGAUGGAAAAAGACUGGUUGAUUAUGGCAUCCAUGGUGACUCCACGCUCCAUCUCAUCCUUCAGGACUCAACUAGGAUUAUGGUAAAUGUCGAGAUCUCAUCGACUCAGAAAAACUCGCUGGUCGAAGCACGGAAAUGGGAUACCGUCAAAGACGUUAAAUUGAUGAUUCAAGCCAAGGAAGGGAUUCCACUGGAUAAUUUCGAUCUGGUAUUCGGGGAAAGUUGCUUGCAGAGGACAGGACCCUCGCCUCGCUUGACUUGCUGCAAGAGCCCACAUUUCAUUUGGUUUUCCAUCCCAAAGAUGAUGUGUCAGUUAUUGUUGAAAUGUCCAGUCGCAGAGUCACAUUAAGCGCUAAAUUUUGGUACACUGUGCGUGAUGUCAAAGCCAUAGUCGGAUCGAUGAUGUCGGCAGAGGUGAUGAGCUUACAUAUGGUCUAUCGGGGGAAGCAACUUGAGGAUCGCAAGACCUUAGCUUGUCACAACAUUGCAGAUGGCUGUCUCUUACAAUUGGUGUCUCCUGCAUUUCAGAUUUUGUCAAGAGCUGGAAUGGUAAGACUGUUGUUCUUCAGGUUUGCAGGUCUGACACAAUUAAGGAAGUGAAGAUCAAGCUUCUUCAUAAGCUGCAGGUGAGUGUGCCAGCUGAACAGCACCAUAUUUCUUAUGUGGGAAAAAGGCUGGCUGAUGACCUUGACCUGGCGAGUUAUGGCAUCCAGGAGAAUUCGACUCUCUUUGAGAUUAUCUCGCCUCGUAGUAAAUAAAAUGCCUUGAGUUUGUAACUACUGAGUGAACAGCAUCAUAGUUCUGAUUUCGCUUGCUGAAUUAGAAGAAAUUUUGAACAGAAAGCAGGAAAUUUUGUCUUGACAUUUAUGCAACAGAUGUUAAUUUUCUUGGUAUGUCAUUACUGUGUGAUGAAGGUCCAGUGAAUAUCUCUACUUCCUUACUUUGAAUAUCUGGACAUCGUAGAAUCACAGCAGUACAUUAGAUUGCCAUUAUUCUGUUUAA